AUGGACGGACUCACGGGUGCCGAGCAACGCGAGCUGCAGAGCCGCAUGGAGCGCAAGCAGAUGAAGGAGUUCAUGACGAUGUACUCCAACCUGGUCCAGCGCUGCUUCGACGACUGCAUCAACGACUUCUCCACCAAGUCGCUCGGCUCGCGCGAGGAGGGCUGCGUGAUGAGGUGCGUCGACAAGAUCCUCAAGGGCUCCGAGCGGCUCGGCAACCGCUUCCAGGAGCAGAAUGCCGCCAUGGCUCAGACCGGCGCCCUCCCCGGCAGGUAG